AUGGAGUUGUUCAAAACAGCCAGAGUGGUACGCUUACGAAGCCACCACGACAAAUAUCUAUUAGCAGACGACGAUCAUGAGUCGGUAUGCCAAGAUCGGGAUGGAACGGCGAGGAAUGCGAGAUGGACCGUGGAGUUUGUCAAAAAUUCAAACACUUUACGUUUCAAAAGCUGUUAUGACAAGUAUUUGACAGCCGCCAACAUGCCGUUCAGGCUAGGAUUGAGAGGCAAGAAAGUCCUACAAACCCUGCCAAAGAGAUUGGAUUCUUCUCUGGAAUGGGAGCCUAUAAGAGAGGGAUGUCAGGUCAGGCUCAAGACACCCUACGGCCAAUUCUUGCGGGCAAAUGGGGGUGUGCCGCCUUGGAGAAACUCUAUCACCCAUGAUGUACCUCAUAGAACUGCAAGCCAGGACUGGGUUCUGUGGGAUAUAGAUGUUAUAGAGUUUCGGCCUGAAUCUCCAGAACGUCGGCCUGAAUCUCCAGAACGUCAGCCUGAAUCUCCAGAACGUAGACCAGUGUUUCUACCCCCGCCCCCUCCACCACCUGAACUGCUUGCAGAACCUACAGAACCAACAUCUCCAUCCAAGAUUGAGCUUAGGUCGCCGCGAACUUCCAAAGAAGAGUCACGUGAGUCAUUCAAUCAUGGUUCUCCGAUGAAAGGUGUAGGGAGAAUGAUCCACUAUCAUGUGGCUAAUGAUAAAGGAGAUGUCGAGGAUUCAGCUGAAGAGUUUUCCUUCUCCUUCAAGGGUAGCGAGGUAGAGGGUUUGAAGAAAAAGUUGAAGGAAGAGACUGGGCUAGAGGAAAUUGUUGUGUGUUCUCGUAAUCCACUGAAUGGGAAACUGUAUCCCAUUCGUUUACAUCUUCCUCCAAACAACCAUGAUAUGCAUGUUGUUGUGGUUCCCUCUUCAUCUGAAGUUCCGAAUCUGCUCAAAUUUGCAAACACAGAUAGGAAGCAGAGUGGAAUAACCAUAACUCAUCAUUCACAUCGCUACAGAGGGGAAGUAGCAAAUCAUGCACAAAAGCAAAGGAAAUGUCUUUUCCAGAUGAUUAUUCAGUAA